AGGAGUGCAAUGCAAGCUGCUUACAAGGUAAUCUAUGAUUAUCUUUCCUGAGCUCGUUAUUUUGAGUUCUAUUGCGAACACUUUUCUAAUACCAACACCUCCCUACGUGCAACCUAUUUUUUAAAAUACAUAUAAAAAAUAGAAACCUCUCUUUUUUGCUGCGUGCGUACGAAUGUACUAUUACUAGGUAUAAGCUAGCUUCGACAGUUUUAAAAGUUAGAUCAUUUUAAACUCUGACUAUUUAUAAUUAUUAAACACCACCAUAUUCAAUGUACUUUGAUAUCGCGAUUUGUCAUCGGGGAGCAGAUCAAUUGUUUUAUCGACCUUCCCAAGGCGGAGGUUUUUUAUCAACUCUUUCAGACCUGGAAAAAGUAAGAUCUCGGGGUCGUGAGGAACACCGCUUUUCCAAGAAUGCUGGGGAACAUGUUCAAUUUUUCACACUUUCGUUAUGGGAGAAUCUUAAGGAAUCAUUAGAUCACAUUUUCUCAUCUCUCAUAUGAGACAUUGUACAAUUAUAAUAAUUAAUAUAGUCAAGUAUACUUUGUUGUUGCAUGCAUGCAUGCGUGCAGACAUUUUCUCCGUGCCUCAACCUUCUUAUUAUACCUAUUAUACAGUUCCACAACAGAGUUGUGCAAGUUUUUAUGGAUCCGGGGAAAGAGAAGAUGGUGUGUAUACUAUUGAUCCUGAUGGCUUCGGAACAUUCAAAGUCUGGUGUGAUAUGCAAGAUGGCGGAGGUUGGACAGUGUUUCAAAGACGACAGGACGGAAGUGUAGAUUUCUAUCGUGGUUGGUCAGACUAUAAAGUUGGUUUUGGUAACUUGACGGGCGAAUUCUGGCUUGGGUUGGAUAAAAUACAUCGUUUGACCAAAUCUACCACUCAAAGUUUUUUAAGAAUUGACAUGUGGGAUUUUAAUGUCACGCACGCCCACGCCAAGUAUAAAAAUUUUUGUGUGGCUUCUGAGUCAGAUGGUUACAAAACUAAACAUUGGUGAUUUUUCAGG